UGCAAGGUCUGCGCUCCAGGAACCACGCAGCCGGGCAGCGGCAUCACCUCACAUCACACCUUUGGGGCUAUUUUUGUUCCGUAUUGUACCUUUCAUCCGUUUUUUGCGAAGUCCUUUCAACAGCAGGUCAUUUGAAGUUGGGAGGUGGUAUGGUUUUAGUAAAGGACCUCAGUUCCUGGAUGUGUCCAAUGGGAAUAAUGUCGCCCAGCAUGCUCCGCUCACCCCACGCCCAGGCACCCUGACCAUGAGCCUCAACUCCUCCCUGGGCCACUGGAAGGAGCUGAGCAACCUCACUGAGGCGGCGGGCGGUGAAGGCGGCGUCAUCGUCACCCAGUUCGUCGCCAUCGUUAUCAUCACCAUUUUCGUCUGCCUGGGCAACCUGGUCAUCGUGGUCACCUUGUACAAGAAGUCCUACCUCCUCACCCUCAGCAACAAGUUCGUCUUCAGCCUCACCCUGUCUAACUUCCUGCUGUCCGUGCUGGUGCUGCCAUUCGUGGUGACGAGCUCCAUUCGGCGGGAAUGGAUCUUUGGGGUGGUCUGGUGCAACUUCUCCGCCCUCCUUUACCUGCUGAUCAGCUCGGCCAGCAUGCUGACCCUCGGGGUCAUUGCUAUCGACCGCUACCACGCUGUCCUGUACCCCAUGGUGUACCCCAUGAAGAUGACGGGGAACCGAGCCGUGAUGGCGCUCGUCUACGUCUGGCUUCACUCCCUCAUCGGCUGCCUGCCGCCUCUGUUCGGCUGGUCGUCCGUGGAGUUUGACGAGUUCAAGUGGAUGUGCGUGGCUGCGUGGCACCGGGAGCCCGGCUACACCGCCUUCUGGCAGGUGUGGUGCGCCCUGCUCCCGUUCGCGGUCAUGCUGGUGUGCUAUGGCUUCAUCUUCCGCGUGGCCAGGGUCAAGGCGCGCAAGGUGCACUGUGGCACCGUGGUCAUCGCGGAGGAGGACGCGCAGCGGGACGGGAGGAAGAACUCCAGCACGUCCACCUCGUCCUCGGGCAGCCGCAGGAACGCCCUGCAGGGCGUGGUCUACUCGGCCAACCAGUGCAAAGCCCUCGUCACCAUCCUGGUGGUCCUCGGUGCCUUCACGGUCACCUGGGGCCCCUACAUGGCUGUCAUCACCUCGGAGGCCCUCUGGGGGAAGAACUCCGUCUCCCCGAGCCUGGAGACCUGGGCCACGUGGCUGUCCUUCACCAGCGCCGUCUGCCACCCCCUGAUCUACGGACUCUGGAACAAGACAGUCCGCAAGGAGCUGCUGGGCAUGUGCUUUGGGGACCGGUAUUACCGGGAACCGUUUGUGCAGCGGCAGAGGACGUCCAGGCUCUUCAGCAUUUCCAACAGGAUCACAGACCUGGGCCUGUCCCCGCACCUCACAGCACUCAUGGCAGGGGGCCAGCCCCUGGGGAACAGCAGCAGCACCGGGGACACCGGCUUCAGCUGCUCUCAGGACUCAGGGACGGACGUGAUGCUGCUCGAAGACUACACAUCUGAUGACCACCCGCCCUCCCACUGUGCUUGCCCACCCAAGAGGAGGAGCUCCGUGACGUUUGAGGACGAAGUGGAACAAAUCAAAGAAGCUGCCAAGAACCCUGUUCUCCACGUGAAAGCCGAAGUGCACAAGUCCCUGGACAGUUACGCCGCCAGCUUGGCCAAAGCCAUAGAGGCUGAGGCCAAAAUCAACUUAUUCGGGGAAGAAGCUUUGCCCGGGGUCUUGAUGGCGGCGCGGACUGUCCCUGGGGCCAGCUUUGGGGGCCGCCGAGGCAGCAGAACUGUCGCGAGUCAGAGGCUUCAACUGCAGAGCAUCGAAGAAGGGAACAUCCUAGCUUCGGAACAGAAGUGAGGGCCUCAGGGUGGCCCGUCCCGGACAGCGACGCCUGCGGCCAUUGUGUCAGGACCCGUGUCUGGGUGCAGCCACUGGAUAAAACACUGAGAACUGUGUCCAGGGUCAGUGACGUCCGUGUCUGUGUGAGACCACAUGUGGGCUUCUUGGAGGUCCCAGGGAUGGGAGCAGAGGCACCGGAAGCACAAAGCAAAGCAGGUGGAGGUGUGGCCGUGACGCUCUGGGAGGUGGGCACACAAGGGGACUAGAGACCAGGCUGGAAAGGAGCCGUCAGAUGGGUCAUUUCUUCGUCGGCACAACCUGUCUCCUAGGCGUCCAGCCUGACACGUCCCAGAGGCAGGCAGUGAGCCCUUCCCAGCACCCUCGGGAGGCAGGCACGUCUUCCCAGCAAAGCAAGGUCACCCGAGGCCUUCUGCAUGGUCAGUGCAGGCUGUGUGGUGUCCCUAGAGGAGAACCCAUGAGCAGAGCCCCCACAAGUUCGCACGUCUCGGUACUGGGUCUGACCUUGCCUUGGGUGCAGCCCCCUCUGGUGCUCACAGGGGCAGCUCACAGGCCACCUGCUGCUGUCGCUGAGGUGGAGCCGGCUGGCCCACCUCCCUACUGACUGACUCUUUGGUAUUUCAAAAGAGGGAAGAAACCACUAUCAGAGACAGGAGAAAGGAGCAGAUACCAGAUGUUUUGUUUCCAGAAUUUAAAAAGCAGCGCGUUUGGUUAGGACAUCGUGAAUUUACCGAGCCAGGACGGGCUGUGGCGCCCGACAGUCGGCAGGUAGAGAGAGCCGUGUCAUUGGAAGGAGACCCCUUCACGCAGCAAAACCUCGUCAAAUGGGUUCUGUCUGGUGUUUGGUUGGCACAGAAGCUGUUCCACAGGGAACACUGCCGUCAUCCCGUUCCUGGGCAGCACCAGAUAGAAGAGAAACCACGUGGGCCUGGCAUCACCCACCUGCACUCUUGGCCCAGCUCCCCCUGACACCCAUCACCUGGGACAUCGUAUCACCUCUAGGCCACCUGGGAAAUGGGAUAAGGGAGUGCGGUGUUGCAUUAACCGGUCGCUAAGAUGGUUUCCAACUCUGAUGUUCUCUGACCUUCUAAGUUAGGGAUAGAAAACAAAGGGACCCUCCCGCGGGCCAACAUUUGCCCAGCUUUGGAGUGUGGCUUCUAAGGGGCGUGCAGAGGACUGUGGGCCCAGGUGUGGGCACUCACCUGACUAGUGUUUAGAGCACCGUCCUGAUGGAAUCGCCCCCCAGACGCGUUCGUGGAGGGAGAGGCGCCGCCUCCGAGGUGGAAUGGGUCCCUGGGGUUAGAUGGCGCGCUCUUCCCUUGAGUUGCAACAGCAGAAGUAGGGCUUGGGGGGUGGCAGCCGCUGAAUCGCCUGUCCGGCCUGCAGCCUGGGUGACUGAGCUGAGCACAGGGCUUUCCCCACCUUCAGAAUCCCAGGUGGUCAGCAGAGGGUCGGUUCAAGGAGAUCCAGCUGUGUCUGCCAGGCAGCCACGCUGCAGGUUGAAUUAGCUCUGUGCCACGUGCCUUGGGGUCUAGCGAGCUCCUGGGGAAGCAGUCUUUUUGCUGUUCGGUAUAAACCAAUGGUUGUCUGGUCCCCAGAUGGGUCUGCAGGUUACAAAGACCUUUCCAGAUACCUCCAUGGUGGUGAAACUCAUGGACAACCAUGCGGGGCCAGGCGCUGGUGGUGGAUGGGAGGGAGGAGCAGAGGCAGGUUCACCUGUGGGUCUGCUGAUGAGACGUGUGGGUCACUCUGCUCUCUCUCUGAGGUGGCAUUCCUCAGUCGGGGGGCAUUUAUGUCUUCUGUGUGUAUAUAUUCCUAGCUUUUGUCUAGUUUCUAAAGGGACUGGAUUCCUGGUCAGUCUGUAUGCACAGGCGAGGAACAGGCAGAGGCCUGUACGUCUGGGUUGGCAUAACCUGCAAUGGCUCGCCGGUGAGGCCUCCUGAGUGCAGCCAACAGGCCUGCAGCCCCAGGAUUAAAGAGUGCUUCCCCGGCCUGCACUGCGCUGGGCUCCAGGGAGAAUCCUGAGACUCCCAGGGCCCACGCGCUGGUCCCAGACCAGCCGGAUUUUAAUAGGAUUGCAUCUAAGUUUAUCUAGAAAUACUGCACUUCACAAAUUCGCUGUUUUCCUUCUUUCUACUGAGGUCCAUUCAUUUAUUUGUCUACCAGACCCUGCCUGUCCCGUGUGCAAAGCACCAGGCUGGGCCCUGCGAGCAGAAACACGAAAGCAUUUUCACUCUACUUUAGGGAGAUACGUGGGGGUACUGGUGCUAAUAGCGAGUGGAGUAGUGAUUAGAAUGUGGGCUCCAGAGCGGGGCGUUUCCAGCUAGGGGAGUUCCAGCAGCUCGGUGAAGGAGGUGACAGUUUGAGCCAAGCCUUGGAGGAUGUUUCGCAGCUAGAACCGUAUUUCGCAUAUUCAGGAAUUCAAGUUUGCCCUGAUUCAGCCUGAAGGAGAGGAAGGAGGCGGGUGGGGAGAGGAAGAGGGAGAGGAGGUGAUCCUGUACAUUCGGAGGCAUUUUUGAGGACAUUUGCCCUUAGUGCAGGUCAAAAGGCCAACUGCCCGCACGAAAUGCAGGCCCCUGGCUUUAUACUGCUGUGCAGUGACAGGCGAGGCCACUGAGGGGACCCCGCGGACACUGGCAGGUGGGACACUUAUUCACUUAAAAACCUCAGUCCUGUCUCCGGGCUCUAACAGGACCACGGUUAGGGCCGUUGUCCACCUCUGCUUUCAUCAACAUUGCCACUUGACUGGGCGCCUGAGCUGUGCCCCAGGUCCCGGGUUUGGGGGCCGCUCCCUGGCCAGGGAAGACGAGUUCAGCGCCCUGGCACUAGGGGGCAGCAGUGUGGUGGUGAUGCCGCUGGCACGGCCCUGCCCACUAAAGAGCUACGGAUGAACCUGAAGGCCCGCCCGCCCGCCUGGGGGCGGAGGACCACCCAGCCAGCUUGCUUACACGUGCGACCCCAGGCGGGUGG